CUAUACAACCAAUGGCUUCUACUAAAUCCACUGAUACUACUAAACCAGAUGACUCUGCAAAAGAAUGGUUAUCUCCAGCACAGAGACACAACAUGACGGAAACAGAAAAACGACAACGACAACUAGAUAAACUAUUUGAAAAUAUUGAUAAUCCUGUCUUUAUCCCAGAACCCAAGCGUGAAAAGAAAGAGCAUAAAGUAAAGGAUUUUGUACGCAAUGUAUCUGGAUCAAGUGCUGGUGCUGGUAGUGGUGAUUUUCAUGUUUAUCGAGCACUACGACGUCGAGAAUAUGCUCGCUUAGGAAAUAUGGAGGCGGAAGAACGAAAAGAACGCGAGGAUAAAGCCUAUUUUGACGAAAUGGAAAGGAAAAGGUUGGAAAGUGAAGAACGUACAGCAAAGAAACGGGCAAGAAGACAGAAACGAAAACAGGCCAAAAUUGAAAAGGAGGACGAAAAGGACAACAAGAAGCAAAAGACUCAAGAUCAAGCAAAAUGAUGAGCUUCCUAGACAGGUAUAUAAGGAUAGAAGAAUUGUAGAUACAUAUUUUUUUUUUUUUUUGGUAGUUCCCUCUCCUAUUAUAUAUUAUAUAUAAAUAUACACAAUACGCAUAGUAUAAUCUCACAUUCACAACAAACACAUUCACAAAUAUAAUAUUACCCAAAAUAUCCUCUUUAAUAAAUCGAAGUGGUUA